AUGGAGUUCUUUAAUUUAGAACAACCAAAUAAUAAAAUAAUAUUAAAAAAACUAAUUGUAGAUUCAAAAAAUAAAGAUCAAGUUAAUAAUUUUUAUAAUGAUUUAAAAACUCAUUGGUUUAAUCAAAAGUUUGAAGUAAUAUUACCAAUAAAAGGAACAACUAAUGAUGAGCCAUUAGAAAAAAUAAAAAAAACCAAAGGUAGUUUAUUAUCAAGACAAUCAUUAUCAGGUAGAUUAGUAGUAGAAGGUGAAUUUGCAUCAUUAUUUCAACAACACAACGAAAAUUCAUUACCACCAGAACCAGAUCAAUAUGAACAACAAGAAGAUGAAGAAGAAAUUGAAAAAACAGAAAAUAUUUUAAAUGAUAAACAAUCAUAUUAUCAAAUAGAAACAACAUUAGAUUUAAUACUAUCACAAGAAUUUUUAAAUAAAUAUAUUAGAACAGGUGGCUUCCAUGCAAUUUCUCAAUUUAGUUAUAUAGAUUCAGGAAAUGUAUUUGCAAUUUUACCAAAUGGUCAAAUUAUAUUGAAUUUAAAUAAAGAAACAUAUCAAGAUUUAGGUUUGGUUGGAAAGGCAAGCGUUUUUAAAAAUACUGAAAGAUAUGUGAUUACAUUGGAUUCAAAAUCAAAAGAACUUUCACCAACUUCAAAAUACUAUUCUCGUUUAAUUUGGGUAUUAAAAGACAGAGUCUCACCAGUUACUUUAAUAUGCUAUUAUCUUAAAGACUAUAACCAAGAUUCAAAAAAUUCGAGUAUAAUUCAUCCAGUGCAAUUUCCAAAAGGUGUCAAGGUUAAAAGAGUCUUUAAUCAAGCAAUACAAAAUGUCGAAAAGUAUCGUAUACCAACUAUUGAAAUUAUAAAUCAAUAUUUAAACAUUCCAUCCGAUGCCUCUGAGCAGCAACAACAAGAGCAUCUAAUCAAAAAUAAAUCAAAAGAAAUGAAACUACUUUUACAAGAUUUUGUAAAUGAAUUUGCAGAAAUUUUAGGUUUAAUAUCAACAGAAAGCAUUAUCGACACUGACAGAGAUUUAGAAUUGGGAAACUCUUUACUAUCAAUGACACCCUUACCAACCGAAAUAUUUUCAGCUUCGUUAAAAGGUUUUGUUUCAAAUUCUCUCAUCAUCGAAACCAUUGGCAAAAUUAAAAUGUUAAUCAAAAAUGGGGCCAUUGAAUAUGGUUGCAUCAACAUAUUUGGUUUUCCUGAUACUCCUAUUUCUUGGGGUUCAAUCGAACAUAACUACCUUUAUGGUGGCGAAAAUGAUCAAUGUAUUUUAAUUUUACCAAAUAAUCAAAUUUUAUCUUUAAAUUUAAUUGGUACAAUGGAUUAUUAUUGUUAA